AAAUGACGCACUAAUAAAGAAAGAAAGUGCUUUACUCUUUCUUUUUCCGUUUUCUCUUCCUGUCUAUCGAUCAUCACAAUCUUUUCUUGCAAUCUAAGACUCUCGUUUCAGAGAAUUUAUAUCUCCAGAAACAGAAACCCCCCAUUACAAUAAAAUCCCUUAUAUUCCAGACCCACUCGUCAAAGGCCAAGAAAGAAGGAAUGAAUUCCGUCUGCAUAUCGAGCUGCGUUAAUGACGCUCGCGUCCCCGUGCGGGCGACGUACAAGAAUCUGUACAAAUGGCCAGAAUCAGAUGCAGAGUUCGUGAGAUCGGUGAGCUCAAACUCAAAUGGGAGCAACAGCAUUAACAGGGGAGUGGGCCAACACCCAAGAGUGGUGGAUAGUAUUUCGUGUAGGCAGAUGUACCUGAGGAGCUAUACCUUCUCAAGGAAGGAAACGAUGCCUGAGAAGACUGUCAAAUGCUUUGGGGGUGUGAAAGACAGAGUGACUCAAAAGAAUAAGAAGAAGAAGAAGAAGAAAAGGAAAGGAGGAAGUGAGAAGAAGUGUGUGGUAAUGAGGAAGGUGAAGGAGAUGUCCUGUGCUGCACUUUUCAAGAUAUUUCGCAGGUUACUGUCGUGCACCACAACCGUGGAUGUGGCGGAUCAUCGGGAGUUUUGACAGAGUCACUCGGAUUCACUCCCUGCUCCUCUGUUCUUAGUUACCUUUUGUUUUGUUUUGUUUAUCUUUCUUCUAAUUUGAUUUUUGAUUAUAUCUUCAAUCAGAGUUGGGUUUUGGGUGUCUCUAGUCUCCUUCUCUGUGUUCUUCGUUGAAAAUUUAGCAGAACAGGUAGAUGCCCAUAAUGGGUUGUAACUUGUAAUUACUUA